AUGUCGAAAGAAGUGCAAGGCACAGACAAAAAGAGGACCGCGAGGGAACUGAAAGGAAGGGAAAGAGCAGAUUCGUUGAGCAUACUGGACUACGUACGAGGUGGAGAUAAGGAGAAGGAGAAGGAACAUAACAAGAGGAAACAAGAAGAGAGGGAAAGACUGGCGGAUAAAAUAUUUAAGAAAAGUAAUAUGAUGAAUAGAACACUAUCAGGUUUGAAGCAGACAGGAGAGGAGAGGGAGAUAACGAAUGAAGAAGGAACACUGAUGGGGAUGCUGAGGGAACUUAAAAUAGAAAUGGUAGGACUGAGGAACGAGAUAAAGGAAAUAAAAGAAAACUGGAAGCUGAGAGUGGAUAGAAUAGAGAAGAAGCUGAUGGAGAUGGAAGAGAGAAUGAAAGAGAUGGAGAGACGGAGAGGAGAAGCCAGAGUUGCUAAAGUAAAUGCGCAAGAACGAGUGUUGGAAUUUAGAAUAGGGGACAGGGUGGACUCGGAUUAUUUGCCUUUGACCUUGUUACCGGAAAAAGAGGAGAACACGAGACAAAUAGAGGGGUGGACAGAAGAGGAAAAAGAGGAACAGAAUAUGUCGAAGAAGAUCAUAUGUGGGACCGAGAUAGAAGUAAGGAAUGAGGCGAUGGAGGUGCGUGACAUGGGAACAGAAGAAAUAAAUAAGAAACAGGUUCAAGAUACAGAAAGAGAGUUGCAAGAAGAAGAGAUAGUGAGGGCAGUCAGGAACAUGAAGUUAGGCAAAACUGCAGGUGUCGAUGAAAUCCCAAUGGAAGCAUGGCGGUAUGGUGGCGCAGCAAUAAGAAGAAGUCUAACUGAUCUGUUGAAGCUCAUUUGGAAGGAAGUGCAAAGAGAGAGGGAGAAAGAUAUGGCAAUUGGGAAAGACAAGAUUUUCGCAAUAUUUGUGGAUCUAAAGGCAGCAUUCGACAACGUAGACAGAGGAAUUUUAUUGAAGACAAUGGAAGAGAAAGGGGUGGAACGCAGUUUAAUAAACAAGAUAAAAGAAAUUUACAAAAAAGACGAAGGUGACAAUAAGGACGAAGAAUGGGUUCACAAGGUGCUACGAAGAAAGGUGUAA